UUCAUUCCAUUUGUUGCAUUCUGUGGAUAAAGAUCGCGAAUUCCUUUCUACCUAAUCUCGAUGUUGCAAGUGAUAUAGGUUAACAUAGCGAAAAAAGAUUUAACUGUGUUGUAGUUUUUCUUUGACGAAAACUAUCUAGAUUCAGUUGCAAAGCGAAUAAAUUUUAAGUGUUCUUCUGAAGCUAUUUGGCAAAGUAAUGAUUCAUGGAUUUAGUUCUUAAUACGAACAAAAGAUCUGAUUUGUAAAACUUACCAUGAACACUGCCAGAUCCGCCAAAAAUCUCCAACCGGCGCGAGGUCUUCGCACGCCAGCUCCAAAUCGAAAUGGCCUAGGUAAUUUUGGGUUUGAUCCAGAACCCAUUCACGUUUUUCAACGUCAAAUAAACGGGAACGGUACAAGUGGUUCAGUCGAUUUCAAUAACAGCAGACACAGCCUUCGCUCACAAUCUUCUCCAUCACACAGUAUCAGUGGUUAUUCUGGUGUAAAAAAUGGCCAACGCCGUCAUGAUGUCCUUCGUUCGCAAAAGACCAGCUUUGGGAGUAACACAAGUCUCGUUAGCAGCAGUAGUAGCGGUAAAGAAAUGCCGACAAUUGUAACGUUUAGUUCGACAUCGUUGACUACUGGAUCCAUACACGAAGUUUACGUUUCAUUUGUCGAAAAUGGGCCGAAAUUGUUUACGGUGCAAUUGAAGUCUUCGGAAAAUGCCUUAAACAAGAUGAUGGAAGAUUUGGAAUGUAUUCCAUUGAAGAAUCUUUCACGUAAACCCUCGCUAGGGAUGGCUUGUAUUGCCCGUUUCUCAGAAGACCAAGCACUAUAUAGAGCAUUGAUAAUGGGAAUAAAUGUAGAUUCGUGUCGGGUUUCUUACGUGGAUUACGGUAACAGCGAAACGGUGGAUUUUAAAAAUCUUUAUGAGAUUCCACACGAGUUCCUGAAACAUAAAGUUUUUUCCAUAAGAUUCACAUUGUCGAACGUAAAGACUCUGGAAGAAACCAACGCGGACAUCGCCGGCUUAUUCUCCUCACUUGUGUUGGACAAACUGCUGACGAUGAAAGUGAUGUCACUGGAAGGACCAGCGUUUGUCCAGUACUGUGAAUUGUAUGAAAACAAGAAUAACAUUUUCGAUAAGUUGUACGAUAUGUGUAAAGCAAAACCUUUAAAGUAUCCAAUGGCAAUUACAUUGGGUCUCGGAAGCAGCUCUACAAUUAUAAUUCGAUUCAUUCAUUCAUGCAAGCAGUUCUACGUUCAACCUGUUGAAAACAUCCAAAGCUUCGAUGUGUUGAUGGAUCAAUUGUUCGAUUUUUGGCGAAAAAGUUCCCCGAUAAACGCAUUGAGCCCUGGUGAUCCAUGCGUGAUCUGCAUUGGAGACGAAGAAUGCUACCGAGUCGAAGUUGUUUGCGUUAUUGGAGGCAAGGCAAAAGUCCGGUUGGUUGACUAUGGUACAAUAUUGACCGUGGAAAAGAAUCAGAUAAGACGUAUAUCGCCAUUGUUCGUUGAACAGCCUCCGCAGGUUGCCGAAUGCUGCUUGGAAGGAUUUCAGGAUUUAAGUGAGGAUAAUCUAUCGACGGCUCAGCUAGAAAUGCUAGCCGAGAACGAAGAUGGAGAUCGUAAGCAGUACAAACUCACCGUUACUGACAUUGUGGAUGGUGUUGCGAUUGUCAAUCUGCUAGAUGAGUCUGUGUCUCCAGUGUUGAAUGUAUCGAAGCGGCUGCUGAAACUGAAAAAUCCAGCGAAAUUUAUCAAAGAACAACAGCAGCAAUCACAAGCACAACAGUCAAAAGCAGCUGCUUUCGGUACUAAGCAAUCAUUCCAGUCCACUCAUUCGGUACAAGUCCCGUCUGUGGUGCCACAACCUUCAACGAUCAAUUCACUGAAUCCAUUCCAUUCGACAUCGAUCAUUUCGGAAGCACCGAAUCUUUCGCAAAUUACGAGUCCAAGAAUGACGGAAAGUGAAAUAAUUGAUUUAACUAACGAUGAUUGGCAAGCGACGAAACAAAAUUUCUCGAACAGCUACGGCACAGGUAACGAACAAAAUCUUCAAACUAGUGCAGCGCCAUAUGGGAACAGUAAUUAUGGUGUUCGUUCUGGCGGCAAUCGUAAUGGACGUGAUAACAAUAGCAACCAACGAGACGCCAAUAGCAGUAAUGGCAGCAUUAAAAAGGAACGUUUCCAGCGGAAUGACAUUCCCAGAUUCAAUAAGGAAAGAAAUCAAACUCCAUACUAUGUUGAGCAUGACGACCGAUGCGAAGAGAACAAUAAUUACGAACAUCACGAUAAUCGCAACGUGAAUCGAGAUAAAUUGGUUAGCCACAAGGGUCGACAAAGCGAUACGGGCAGCGAGUCUGGAUUCAAUACAUUAUCUGCGGAAAGGCCACCCUCAUCUCGCGAUAGCUUUAAAUCAUCCACGGUCAGUGUAGAUGCGGCGGAUGAGUACGUCCCUUACGAUUUCAGUCUACCAGAACAAGUCAUACCAAUGAAUACAAAGGUGUCAAUUAAACUGACCUGGUGGGUAUCACCGGAGGAAUUUUACGUUGUUUUUAAGGACGAAGAAACGAAAUUCGACGAAAUGAUGAUACAGAUUCAGAAGUUCUACAAAAAUAAAUCCCCUGUUAAUGAUGUUCCCCCCGUCGGUUCGAUCGUUAUUGCUCGCUAUCAGAAGCACAACACAUUUUAUCGGGCCCAAGUGAUGAAGUAUAAUGAAUCGCUCGGUAAGUUCAAAGUGGAACUGUGCGAUUGCGGCCAGAAAACAAUUGUCACUAGCACUGAUCUGUGGAAACUUGAAAAGCGCUUCGUUAAACUGCCAAAGAUGUCAAUCCAAUGUACUUUAGCCAAUAUCAAGAUAAAUUGCGAUGCAAAAGAGCUGCAGGCUAAAAUCGAUAACUACGUUAGUAACGAGCGUACCGUAGAGUGCGUUUUUCUCGAUCGUGUUGAGGAGAAGUAUGUAUGUGAUGUGGAAACUGAAGGCGUUGAUCUAAAGCUGGCACUACUGAAAGACAACCUAAUUGCUCAAAUACUUACAGACAUUGAUCUCAGCCGGUUAAAGGGCCAGACGCUCAAGCUUAAGCUUGUGGAAAUGAAAGAACUGGAUCAGUUCCGAGUGAAGAUUUUCGGAAGCGACGCUGUUCUGAACUGUAGCCAUGUGGAGUACGGUGCCUACGACCAAUCAGUUACGGAUGAGAUCCGAUCGAAGUGGUUGGAUCAGUACUGUUUCGCACAAGUGGAAGAUGUAUCAAAUGACGAUAGACUGAUACUAGCACUACUGGUUCCAACGCUUUCGAAUCAGAUCCCACCGAACAUUGUCGACAUGCCAAUAUUGCAGAACAAAUUUAAUGUUUUGGUGACCUACGUUUAUGAGUCAAAUUGCAUCUAUGUGCAAAACACCAAAUGGAAUCUGGAAAUCAGUAAGCUGUUGGACGAUUUAUAUGAUUACUACGAGAAGAAUGGAGACGUAAUUCAGAAUCUACAAGUAAAUGAGCUGUGUGCUUCCAAAUCCAACGACGGUAACUGGUAUCGGGCAAAGAUUAUUUCACUGCAAGAUGUAGACAACAUCGAGGUGCUUCUGGUCGAUUACGGUAAUCGCGAGAAAGUUAAACAUCAGGAUCUCAAAGUGUUGGAGUCUCAAUUCCGUGAGCAUUGCGCCUUUGCCCAUUGUGUCCACUUGCCAAUGGCGUGCCUUAACGAGGGAGAGGAAAAUCGGCUGAAAAUGGAAAUCGCUCUGCUAACCGGAGAAUUUGAAUUACAGCUGACUGUUUUGGAUUACCGAAACGAUAUCUGGAUUGUUGACAUCACGUCUAACGAUUACAGCAUCGUACAAGCCCUGAAAGAUAAACAGCUGGUGAAGGAUUUAGAUCAUGAGGAAAUACUGAAUCAAAAAUCAACUUUAGUUAACGAAAGUACGGAAACUGGAUCUGACAAACCGGAACCGGAGAUCAAUUGCGAACAGAAAUAUCAGAAACUGAAGGCCAUCGUCAGUCACGUUGACAAUCCAAAUCAGUUCUUCGUGCAGAUGUGCUCAGAUUUGGAUGAUUUGGAUCAGCUGCAGGAGAACCUUCAAAUCAUCGCACAGGCUUUGCCUCAGUUAAAAGACUUCUCAGUUAAUCGGUAUUGCAUUGCGCCAUAUUCGGCCGAUGAUUUGUGGUACCGAGCUCGGAUUAUCGACAGUCAUGAUGAUUUAAUUAUUCAGUUUAUUGAUUUCGGUAACAGUGACGUGAUAACUAGCAAUAAGAAAUCUGACCUGAAAGAUGUUAACGAUAGUUUGAUGAAAUUUAAGAUAUACGCGAAACAAUGCUCUUUAUUGGUCACUCCUGCAGGUGGCAAGAAAAGCUGGAACGAAGAGGCUACCAUGAUUCUGCGAGACCUGGAAGAAGUGCAAAUUCAGGUACUAGCUGAAUCACAAGGCUUAAACUAUAUUAAUUUGAAGUGCGGCGAACGUGAUUUGGGAGAAGAAUUGAUUUCAAAACAGUUGGCAGUGAAGAUGGAAUAUGUACCGUCCGAUCAUCGAUGCUUCACUAGUCACAUCGAGUCUAUCCGCGAGUUCUAUCUGCAACUCGAACGGGACAUAAACCCUCUAGAUAUAAUGGCCGAUUACACGGCACGUUUCGAAGAGUUUGCUCUAGUGGAAAGCCCUAAGGUGGGUGCGGUUUACCUCGCCGAGUUCUCCGACGAUGGACUCUGGUAUCGAGCUCGAAUUUUGAAGAUUUUGGAGGACAAUGAAUUUGAAGUGUUUUUCGUUGACUAUGGUAAUACGUCUCAGGUGAAGAAUGUUAGAGAACUGGAUUCGUCGAUUGCCGAAAUGCCUUCGCUUUGCACCAAAUGUACCCUCAAAAUACCGGACGGUGUCAAAGCUUGGUCGGACAAAGCAGAAGUGAAAUUCAAGGAAAUUUCAGCUAUGGGUGAAACCGUUUUUACUGUACAGCUGUGUAGCCCUGGAUUGGUAGCCACGGUGGAAUUGUUUUUAGAUGAACUAAACAUUGACGCUCAACUGAUGGAUCUGUGCGAGAAAGGUUCCGCAAGUGCGAUGAACUCUAGUUUCUAUCUCAGUGAGGACAAAACACUGGAUGAUAGUUAUCCUUUGGAAGGGUAUGUGUUUGUCAGUCACGUAAAUUCCCCAGCGGAUUUUUAUAUUCAGUUCAAGAAUACAUUUGAUGCUCUUAAAAAUAUGGAAGAAUUGCUUACAAGCAAAGCAUCCCAUUGCGAACGACUCAGUCACACUGAUAUCGUUGAGGGCAUGUACUGCUUGGCCUUCCUGGGGUCGUACGACAAAUACUACCGUGCACAAAUUAUUUCAAUCUCAAAUCAGCAAUACAAAGUACAACUGAUCGACUAUGGAUUCACAUCGUUUGCUACUGAUCUGCGUAAAAUGCCCAUUGAUAUCGAACAAAUAGCGGUACUAGCGAAAAAAUGUUGCCUAGAAACGUAUUCUCCCAAUGAAGAGAACGUACUGGACGUAGUUCAGAAACGGUUUAUCACCCUAACUGAUUCGGGGCGUGCUCAAUUUUCUUUCGACAUCGUUCGCAAUGAUUCCGAACCCAGCAUUGUUCGUUUGUUCACUGAAGAUGGGAAAAAUGUGGAAGAUUUGCUCGAAUGUGUGAUUACCGGAUACUCGGAUAAUACCAACAACAACAAUCAUGGUAGCAGUGCUCACAGUAAGCCAACGGUAUCAGUAGCUCCUCCCCCGCCGACGCCGGCGGAUUUGGUCAAAACUGCACGGCCGAGAACGAAGCCGGCCUUCUUCCGUGCGAAGAGUGACCUCGAAUUUUAAACAGUACAUUUGUCAUACUGUGUAUGUAAGCUUAGGGUGUAAGAUUUGAAUUGAGAGAAACCAUCAAAUACCAAAAAAGAUGUCAUCAAAUGUGUUAAUAUGAACUGAACUUUCUAAAACCUCAUGCAAGUUUGGCAUCUAUUCAUAUACUUUGGUGGCGUGCCUACUAAUCGAAACAUCACCUGAAUUCAUUACUUAUUUUUAUCGAGAUUUUGUUAUUAAAUCUGUUUUAUUUCACUAGUUUUUGUUGAUUUUUUCAUUUGUUCAUAUUCUGGUCCAUUUAUAAGUCAAACAAGCACUCAGAAAUCGUCCAAAAUAUAACGAUAUAAUUAUACUAGCAAUGCUAAGUCUGUUGAACGAACUGAUCUUACAAUUUAUAGAUAGAUCCAUAAUAUUUAAAUAUGAUAAUACACUUCCAUGUGGUUAUUUAAAAAAAAUGCAAAGCAGUCACAUACUCUUGCGUUUGGAAAACACGACCGUGCACGAGAGUAAAAUCACACGCAAUAUAUAACGAGGCCUUAUUUAACGAACGAGAUAUUUAUUUCAUAUUUAGCAGCACUGUGUUGUAAAACACAUGCACUUAUUUAACAGUUAUAAAUGUUGACAA